AUGAGCGCCGAUGACGGUUUUGGCGUGCACUACGACACCGACGAUGAUUAUCUGGACGCCGAAGUAGAAGAUGAUGAUACCGCCGGCCUCUUGGCAGAAGAAGUUGACAGCCUUAGGCCGGCGGAACUUCCUUUUCAGGUACUAAAGGAAGACGAAAUCCGGCGGCGGAUGGAGGACGAGAUCGGCCAACUAUCCGCCUUGCUCUGCCUCUCCAAUUCCGAGGCCAGCAUCCUCCUCCGUCACUCCAAUUGGGACGCCUACAAGCUUCAGGACUCAUGGUUCACCAACGAAUCCGAGCUCCGCCACAGAGUUGGUCUCUCCGCCAUGGAUAACCCUACCGCCGCGGCGGCGGCCGAUCAAUCGGACUGCAGAAUCUGCUUCGACUCCUUCUCUCCCGAUUCGUUCAAUUCCGCCGCUUGCGGCCACCAAUUCUGUCGCGACUGUUGGAGGCAGUACUUCGCCACGAGCGUCAACGGCGGCCCCGGAACCCUAAAUCUGAGGUGUCCCGAGCCGUCGUGCACGAUCGCCGUGACGGAAGACCUAAUCAACAAAAUCGCCGACGAAAUCGAUCGAAAGAGAUACCAAAAGUACCUCCUUCGAUCGUACGUCGAAGAGAACAGGAAAUUGAAGUGGUGCCCCGCGGCGGGCUGCGAACACGCCGUCCAAUUCGCCGCCGCGGCGGGCGACCCCAACUACGACGUCUCCUGCCUCUGCUCCCACGCCUUCUGCUGGAACUGCUGCGAGGAGCCCCACCGCCCGGUCAAUUGCAUCACCGUGAAGAACUGGAUCGCGAAAAACGAUUUGGAAUCGGCGAACGAGAAUUGGAAGAAAGCGUACACGAAGCCCUGCCCCAAUUGCUCGAAACCGAUCGAGAAGAACGCCGGAUGUAUGCGAAUGAAAUGUGCCGCGCCUUGCAACUACCAGUUCUGCUGGCUCUGCCUCCAGAAUUGGGACGUCCACGGCUACGGCGGCUGCAAUCAGUACCAGCCGCCGGAGGAUUCCACAUUGCCCCAAUUGAGAGCCGAAUUGUAG